UGUAGUACUAAAUUAAUACUGAAACAACAAACAAACAGCAGCACUAGAUAUCACAAUAUCAGUACUAACUAAAGUUUCCCAACCCUUUAUCACAUUUGAUAUGGCUUCCUCACACACAGACUCAGAUUCAGACUCACUGGGUGUUAGCGGCAGUAUCGUCUUCUCUACGGUGGGGCGCACCGAAUACGGCUUUGACAUAUUCUGUGUGUCCCUCCAAGACACUGCCACCGAGCACUGCCUUACUGAUGGCAUAUCCAUCAACUUCAACGGCCAAUUCGUUGAUGACAACAACACCCUCGUCUUCAUCUCUGAACGAAAUGGGUUUCCUCAGGUUUACUUGACCCGACCCAACUCCUCUGACUCACCAGAGAAGCUUCCCUCUGCUCCCAGAAGUCUCUUCCACGACCGCCCCAUCCUCUUUGGCAACUGUCUCUACUUUGUCUCAGCUCAUGAACCCACUGAUUCUCUCUACAAGAGUUGCUCUGCUGUUUACUCUAUUCAAUCUAAUAUUCUAACUCGUUUGACACCACCUGGUACCGCCGAUUUUAGCCCCGCCCUUUCUCCCUCUGGAAACUUCAUUGCUGUUGCUUCAUAUGGAUCCAACUCUUGGGGUGGUGAAUUCCAUGAGCUUCACACUGAAAUUGUAGUUUUUCCUGUAUCUGACCCCUCUAAACGCACUGUUUUAGCUCAACGUGGUGGGUGGCCUACUUGGUCUGAUGACUCCACUAUCUACUUCCACCAUCAAUCCGAAGAUGGUUGGUGGAGCAUUUAUCGAGUUCAUUUCCCUGCCACUCACUCACCUCAUCGUGUCACUCCGCCGGGUGUCCACGCAUUUACUCCCGCCGCUCUACACGGAAACGCUGCCAAGAAAAUUGCUGUUGCAACUCGCAGGAAGGGUAGAUUUUACCGCCACAUCGAGCUUUUCGAUACUGAAACAGCUAAAUUCGAACCAGUUACCGAGUUGUUAAACCCAGAAUUCCACCACUACAACCCCUUUGUCUCCCCUAACUCCAAGUUCCUCGGGUACCACAGAUUCCGAGGAACUGAACAGAAGAAGGGAGACCAAUUCAUCCCAAACUUAGAACCUAUUCUCUCUCCCAUCAACUCACUAAACAUGCUCAGAAUCAAUGGCUCAUUUCCUUCAUUUUCCCCAGAUGGCAACCUCAUUGCAUACAAUAAUCAAGAUAUCAACAAUAUCGCCAACGGAGGGAUCAAGAUCAUGAAAUCAGACGGCUCCAAAAGGUGGACACUCAUCAAAGGCCAAGUAGCUUUCUACAACUCUUGGGCUCCAUCUCUAGUAGAUAAGAACAACCACGUCCACAUUAUCUUCACUUCAUUGGGUAACAUCUUUCAACCUGCUAAAACAACAGUCCAGAUAGCUCGCAUCACCUUCAAUGCCUCUAGCUUACAUCCUAACCAUACAGACGUCGACAACGUUAAGAUCAAGAUAAUGACCAAACAAGAUACAGGUAAUAAUGCUUUUCCUGCUUGUUCACCUGACGGGAAAUUGGUGGUUUUCCGGUCAGGUAGAUCAGGUCAUAAAAAUCUUUACAUAAUGGACGCGGUUGAAGGAGAAGACAGUAAUAAUAUCCGACAGUUAACUAAUGGUCCAUGGAUUGACACUAUGCCUAGUUGGUCACCUGAUGGAAAACUGAUAGCAUUCUCUUCAAACAGGCAUGAUCCUAGUAACACGGUUACAUUUGGAAUAUACUUAGUUGCUGCAGAUGGAUCAGACUUGAAAAGAGUACAUGUGAGUGAUGUAGCUAUGGAGAGGAUUAACCAUGUAUGUUUUAGCCCCAAUGGAGAAUGGUUAUUGUUCACAGCAAAUAUGGGUGGUGUAACUGCGGAGCCAGUUAGUUUUCCGAACCAAUUUCAGCCAUAUGGUGAUCUGUUUAUUGCGAAGUUGGAUGGUACUGGAUUGAGGAGGCUAACAUGGAGUGGCUACGAGAAUGGGACACCUGCUUGGCACUCUCGACAACUGCUGGACAUUCCUCUAGGAAACCUGUCUUUAGAGGGGAUUGAGAAGGCUGAUGCUCAUCAUCAAGUGGAUGCUGAUAAGUUGAAAGGCAAGUUUGAUGAGCCAUUAUGGAUUACUUGUGAUUUUUGAAGGCUAAAACCAAAUAAAUGACUCACUUCCACUAGUCCAUUCAGUGCUUGCUACAACGCCAAAUAAUAAUUUACAUGUUUGCUUACAUGGGGCGGGUGCUGGUGGGUGGUGGCGGAGGUGGCUGGUAAGAGGUGGUGGCAGGUGGUGGCAGGAGGUGGUGGUUUGGGGAAAGAAAAGAAAAAAAAGGGGAAGGUAAAGCUGGAAAUGUUUGGUGGGAUGGAUAUGAUUUUAAGUAAUUUUGGGGCGAAGUUUAGCAGUUUAGAAUAUGUACCAUGUUGCAAGUCUUUUGUUGUUUUCUACCCUCUAAGUUUGAGAUUAUGGAAGCAUUUGAUCAAUCGUUAA